CUUCAAGCAGUUUUUCCUUCAUUUUCAUCUUGUGUGAAUUAGUGGUGUGUGUUUAUCUGGUUGAUUCAAUCUUAAGAUACAAAAAAAACAUAUAAUUGUCACCUUGACGAUAUCAUGCACCUAACAAUAUAUUCAUUGUAUUUUUAACUGCGUGUGGCAAGUCUAUUUCCUGUUAUGUAUUUCGAAGAUCACUAAUUAGGUGGGGUGGAAAAUAUUAGUUGCAAUUUGUUUUUUUGUUAUCUGUUCACUAGUUACUGUGCAUCUAUGCUCGUGGUACGUGUGUGUUUGCCUAAAUCCUUAAAAAGGGAAAAUGUCCUCUAAAUUCGGUAUGGAAAAUAACUUAUUAUGCGAGUUAAACGAAGCUGCCAAAGUGAAACCGUUUUGUAACUUUGAUGGUUUGGAUAAAAAUGUUAAAUACCGUGUGAAGCAAUUUAAUCGAACGCAAACCAAAUACGGCAGCAGAAUUUUAAUGGAAUCGGACGAUUUUCAAAUAUGCCUUCCAGUCAGGAUGGAUUCUGCGUUGGAUGACCAAAAUAUAGAAGAAUUUAACGCUCACGUUAUAGUGUCGCCCACUUAUAUGAUUUAUUUGGGAAAGGAAGGAUGGUCCAACACAAUUAAAUUUGAACCUGAGGAUCAAACAGUGACUUAUUCUAUAUUGAACGAAGUGAAUGAAGCAGCAAGAUACAAGCCGCUAUACAAUUUUGACAACAUUAAUCUGAACAGAAGAUAUAUCGUGAAAAGGUUAUCAAGAGUGGAUGAAACUGAAUUUGGGCCUGCACUGUUAAUGGAAUCUGAAGAUUUUCGAAUUUUUCUCCCCAAGAAAAUGCUAAUUCUAAACGACGAGCAGCUGAAUAAUGCAAACGCCCUAGCCAAAACAGCUUCGUUGUACAUGGUGUUUUUGGGAAAAUGCGGAAAUGCUAACCUAAUUCGCUUUGAACAUGAAGACGAUAAUGAAUUAUUCUGGGGAAGGUACCAAUAUAUUAUAAAAACGCAAAUGGCAUAUGAAAAUAAGAGGGCUAAUUAAUAAUGUUUAUAAAAUAAUAUUUUAAUAAAUCGUUUAUUUAUUGGUUGCAUUUUUAUUGCCUUUAUUAUAUGUCAGAUUUAAUUUGAUGCGAUCUGUCUUAUAAUUUACAUUUACGAUUAGAUACAUAUUACCAAUACACAUAUACGUAUGUAUAAAAAAAUUAAUGAUUCUAUCUUUCAUUAAACCUGACCAUACUUGCUGACAAGUCGAAAAUUACCGAAAGGAUUUCUAAUAAGCAAACUUUCGUACGAAACGUAUUUUUGUGGUUAGAUAACAGAUUCCGCUGAUUUUUAACAAAUAACAAGUGUUAAUGUUUUGUAGCAAGUCAGAGCGUGUUUAUUCGAUUACUGCUACUAGGUAUUCAGUCGUGCUAGUGUUAGAAUUGGUGUCUUAACGCCCAGUUGACAAAAUGGCUUCCUGUAAUGAUGUGCUUAUUUUAAAAGAAUUGAAUGAAGCUGCACAAUAUAAACCAUUAUACAAUUUUUCACAUAUUGAUAUGAAUACGCGUUACGUUGUUAAACAUUUGGCGAGAGCCGAAACAUUUUACGGUGAGAGAGUUCUAAUGGAAUCGGACAAUUUUAGAAUCUAUCUUCCUGAAAGAAUUGCCAUACAUGUCACUGACGAACAACUGGAAGAGUUUAACGAUUUUGCCCGUUCGAAGCCAAUUUAUAUGGUUUAUUUGGGAAAAUGUGGAUGGUCAAAUGUUAUUACUUUCGAGGAAGGAGGAAAAGAAGAAAAUCACCUCAUAAGCAGAAAAUUAUUCUUUAAAAGAUUUCAGAACCUAUACAAUUUGUCAGCAAAUCCUCGAGAAGAAUACUUCUAGUUUAUUUUAACUACAAUAUGACCAUGUAAAUUAUGAAGAGAAUAAAAAUUCCAAUUAAUUUUUA